CAAAGAUCAAUUGGAUUACAAUGGCGGCUAUGUCCCCGUCUGAGCGGAGAUUACAAAAAGAACUUAUGUCCCUGAUGAGGGAACCGCCUCCAGGAGUCACCGUGGAUGGAGACCAAGCCAGUCAAAAUCUUACAUUAUGGACAGUACACAUGGAAGGAGUGCCGGGCACAUUAUAUGAGGGAGAAAAAUUUGUAUUGCAAUUUAAAUUUACAAAUAAGUAUCCAUUUGAUUCCCCUGAGGUGACGUUUGUAGGCAAUAAUAUCCCUGUCCACCCCCACGUAUACUCUAAUGGGCACAUCUGCCUGUCAAUACUGACUGAUGACUGGUCGCCGGCGCUGUCAGUGCAAUCAGUGUGCCUGUCAAUCGUAUCGAUGCUCAGUAGCUGUAAGGAGAAGAAAAGACCCCCAGAUAAUUCCCUCUAUGUUAAGACUUGCAAUAAAAAUCCUAAAAAAACGAAAUGGUGGUAUCACGACGAUUCCGUGUAACAUCACACCGCGGCGCUGUAUCGAGCAUGGACGAUAAAAAUCUCAGUAUGUGAUAAGUGUUACACUGCGGGACGAUGUGACGUGUUUGUACAUACGCGAGUGAGUGCCGGCGAGCGGCAGACGGAGAUACUGGGGGCUUUACUUGAACGAUACCGACACAAAACUAUACCAUGAAUACUGUUUAAAAAUGUUUAAAAAAACUGUAAAACUUUAUUAUAUUUCAUUUUCAUAAACCGUUUUUAAAUUUUGUUCGCGAAUGUACACACCAGCACAUUAAAUUAUAUGCAAAAAGUGUUCAAGUUCAAUAAAUUACUUAUCACUGACGAUAGAUGUCGCUGACGUUUUAAUUUGGUGAAUUUUUGUCAAUAAAAUGUCGUUAAUAUUUUAUGAUGUUACGCUAAAACUUUGAUUUCUGUAUGUUCUAAACACCUUUGUAUUAAUAAAAAAAACACGUUUUAAUCAAAUUGAAGGGUAUUGAGAAAAUACAGCAAACAAAAUCUGUUGUUGAGUACAUUGGAUAAGGUUACUGGACACUCGUAAAAUAAAUAAAAUGUCAAAUUAUUACACCAACGCCAUCUGUUGACGUUUGAAAGUAACGAAACUUUAACGUUCUACUGAAACAGUUUUUUAUAACUCUGUAUGUGCCGUCAACUAUAUAUGUUCUGCACUGAAAUUGUACUGAAAAUAUGUAUAAAUUAAAAUGCAACAGCACUUCAGGUUACUAUAAAAUGUUACCACAUUCAAUUUUGGACUUAACUGUUAACAGAUUAAGGUUCAAUUAAAAAAUAGAAGUGAAAUAUCAGCAGUUUUCGAUAAACUGAAGUGCUGUCGACUGUACCUUUUUUUUUCUAAAUAAUUUGUUCAGUGCUAGUUUUUAAUUUUUUUUUUUUUUGUAUAUUUUGUAAAUUUAGUACCUGAGAUUGUGUUUCCAAUUGUAAAACUCUGCUCUUUAUUUUUUAUUCCUACAUAAAACUUAAUAAACUUAAUUUAUUUAUAAUAUGCAUUUUGAAUGAGCUGUUCAAAUAAUUACUCUGAUUCUGUACUACAUAAAGCCCACAAUGUGUUACCAGCUGCUUGCGACUCGUGGCUGUGAAAUUGAAAGUGGAUAUAUUAGCUAUAAUGAACUAACAACUGAAGGGUGAAAUAAAGAUAUUUUCCAUCUCU